AUGGUACCGGCAAGACUUGACAAUUCUUCCAUUAGAGUAAGUUUAUGUUUGAGACUUGGGUUGCCGGUAGUGUCAAGUUACAGAUGUUUGUGUGGAGCUGAUGUUUCUCAACUGAGUCACCAUGGCCUAUCGUAUAGGUUGGGUUUAGGAAGGCAAACAAGGCAUUCUGCCAUAAAUGAUUACAUAUGUAGAUUGUUCAAGAAAGCAUAUAUAUCUGCCAUUAAAGAACCAGCAGGCUUACUAUCUGAAAGUAAUGAAAGGCCAGACGGUUACACCCGAGUGCCCUGGUCCCAGGGUUGUUGUUUUGUCUGGGAUAAGACGUUUUGUCACACGCUGCACGAAAAGUGCAUCAAUUACAUGGCUAUGGAGCCAGGUUCUGCUGCGGUGAAAACUGCCGAUUUUAAGAAAGCUAAGUACAAAGAUCUUAACGACAAUACGUGA